AUGCUGAAUUGCGGUAGGAGUGCGGCGAUUGCCCGCGGAACGGUUCGGAGGGCGCAUUGGGCGCCGGUCGGGUACGGUCGCAGAUUUUAUGCGGGUGGCAGUGAGGGUUCUGGUGAAGUGCCUUCUUCGAAGGUGAAGAGCAAGGAGCCUCUGAUGCAGAGAAUUAGACAUGAGGUGAAGCACUACGUUAAUGGGACAAAGUUGUUGGGGUACGAGAUCCGAAUCUCGACCAAGUUGCUGGUCAAGUUCGUCCAAGGUUAUGAGUUGUCGAGGCGGGAGACGAACCAGUUGAAAAGGACGAUGGGGGAUAUAUUCCGGUUGGUGCCGUUCUCGGCGUUUCUGAUCAUCCCGUUUGCGGAGUUGUUGCUGCCAGUGGCGCUCAAGAUCUUCCCCAAUCUGCUGCCUUCGACGUACGAGUCGGGAACGGACAAACAGAAGAAGCGGAACAAGCUGAAUGAGAUCCGCAGGAAGACGUCUGAUUUCUUGCACGAGACGUUGGAGGAGUCCUCGCUGCUGAGUUACAAUGCGAUUGACAAUACGGAGACGAAGAAGAAGUUUUACCACUUCUUCAAGAAACUGUACUCGCCCAAGGACGGCAAGACGAAUGUGUUCACGCACGACGAGAUACUGUCGGUGGCGCAGAUGUUCAAGAACGACACCGUGCUGGACAACCUGUCGAGGCCGCAGUUGGUGGCGAUGGCCAAGUUCAUCUCGAUCACGCCGUUCGGCAACGACAACAUGCUGCGUUACCAGAUCCGCCACAAGCUGAAGCAGAUCAUGGAGGAUGACAAGGUGAUCGACUACGAGGGCGUGGGCGUUCUGUCGACCGAGGAGCUCUACCAGGCGUGCGUGUCGCGCGGUGUCAAGGCGUACGGUGUCAAGCGGGACGAGCUGGUCGACUACUUGCGGGUGUGGUUGGACUUGAGAUUGAGACACAAGGUUCCGUCGGUUCUGUUGGUGCUGAGCUCCACCUUCACCUUUGGCGGCCUCGAGAAGAGACGCGAGGCGGACCGGAAGGUCAUCAGCCCGGAAGCCGAGGGGAAAGAGGUGAAAAGCAGGUACGACGAGCUGCUGGAUCUGUACUACGACGCCAUCUUGCAGGUUUUGAGCUCGAUCCCCGACCCGGUGUACAACGUUACAAAGUUGGACGUGUCCGAGGCCAAGGCGGCGCCCUCUGAGACCGAGACGAAGAAGGAACCAGCUGAACAGCCCGCUGAGGCGGCUAGGGAGACCAUCGCCCGUGGCGUCGCCGAGGCAGAGGCCGGCGUCGAGCCUUUCAAGAAGCAGGUUCCGCACGUUAGCGAAACCACGACCGCAGAGCAGGAAACCAAGACUGAGAAGAAAGAAGAGGAGGAAGAGGAGCCUCCGAAGACUGACGAGAACGAGUUCAAGCUCAACGUGUUGAAAGAACAGGAAGCACUGAUCAAGAAGGAACAGGAAGAGGCGAAAAACAGAACUUCGACGGCCCCCAUCUCAGACGAUAUCACCCUGGAUGAAGAUGAUCAGCCCCGUCCGCCAGUCCCCGCGGAUCAAGCGGCUGAGACAUCCGUGACCAAGAAGGACUAA